UCAGCCUGAGCACUAUGCUUGAAACUGCAGAGCUACACUUCAAUGUGGAUCAUGGCUACCUGGAGGGCCUGGUGAGAGGAUGUAAAGCCAGCCUCCUAACUCAGCAGGACUAUGUCAACCUAGUGCAGUGUGAGACCUUGGAAGAUCUGAAAAUUCAUCUCCAGACCACUGAGUAUGGCAACUUCCUGGCUAAUGAAACAAACCCUCUCACUGUUUCCAAAAUUGACACAGAGAUGAGGAAAAAGCUCUGCAGAGAGUUUGACUAUUUCCGGAAUCAUUCAUUGGAGCCCCUGAGCACAUUUUUCACCUACAUGACAUGCAGCUAUAUGAUAGACAAUGUAAUUCUGCUCAUGAAUGGAGCAUUGCAAAAGAAGUCUGUGAAAGAAGUUCUAGCCAAGUGUCACCCACUGGGCCGUUUCACGGAGAUGGAAGCCGUCAACAUUGCAGAGACCACCUCAGAUCUCUUCAAGGCUGUGCUGGUUGAAACACCAUUAGCUCCAUUCUUCCAAGAUUGCAUGUCUGAAAAUACUCUCGAUGAAUUGAAUAUUGAAUUACUGCGCAAUAAACUAUACAAGUCUUACCUUGAGGCAUUCUACAAAUUCUGCAAAGAUCACGGUGAUGUCACAGCAGAAAUUAUGUGCCCCAUUCUUGAGUUUGAGGCUGACAGACGUGCUUUAAUCAUUACUCUGAACUCAUUCGGCACUGAGUUGAGCAAAGAAGACAGGGAGACCCUCUUCCCCACCUGUGGCAAGCUCUAUCCUGAGGGACUGCACUUGUUAGCUCAAGCUGAAGACUUUGAGCAGAUGAAGAGAGUAGCAGAUAAUUAUGGAGUUUACAAGCCUUUGUUUGAGGCUGUAGGUGGCCCUGGGGGAAAGACAUUGGAAGAUGUUUUCUAUGAGCGAGAGGUGGAAAUGAAUGUUCUGGCAUUCAACAGGCAAUUCCACUAUGGUGUGUUCUAUGCAUAUGUAAAGUUGAAGGAGCAAGAGAUGAGAAAUAUCGUGUGGAUAGCAGAAUGCAUCUCACAGAGACAUCGAACUAAAAUCAAUAGUUACAUUCCAAUUUUAUAAACCAGUAACAAGACCUCAAAUGCAGAAAAUUAUACAUGUUGAAAAGAAGCUAUGGAGGAAGGAAAAGUGAUUGUGUCUUAGGUUACCUAGAUCAUACAAAAGUAAGUCAUAUC